AUGGAGGUGCAGCGAGAGACUGAGGCUCUGCAGCGAGUCGUAGCGAAAACAUCCGACAAUAUGGUCGACAUCUUCGAGAUUGCCCCGCAGGAUCACGCACAUCGCCCUGCGCCGACUACAUUUGCGUAUGCAGGGCAAGAAGCCCGCAUCGUGCGGUACCAGCACCUCCUUUCAAAGCUGGCGUCCAAGGACGACGCCCCAACCGGUGUUCAAGUGGACUGGCUUCCCCAGGAAGAUGACACGAUCGAAAUGCGACACGGCGUACCAGCAGUCAAGACUGAGUUGGACAAGCCCCUUGUCGGUACAUUCGCCGAUGCAGCAGCGGCAAUGGCUUGA